AUGGCCUCACCGCCUUAUUCCACCGCCAGUUCUCCACCCGGCCCAGCAAACCUCUCCCUCCCCCGCCAACGACCCAACAUCGGCCUCUCUCUUCCCCCCAAACAUCGCAAAAACUCGUCAGCCAGCAACCAUGCCACGUCCGCACAUCCCCUCCGCCAAACCUCUUUCCCACCUUCCGAAGGCUAUGAGCGCGAAGCGUUCUCCCCCGCAGACUCUCUCGACUCGCUAGAUGACGCCGACAUCCGCAGUGCCGUCGGCGAAGACACUUCCAACAACAAAAAGCGGAAACGCGGGGAGAAGCGCGGUCGAGGAAGACCUCCUAACAACCCCCGCGCGAAUGCGGCGAAGAAGGCGGGGAGCGUGAAUGGUUCGGAGAGUACUACCAAACGAGGAGCACCCGGUGCGCCUUCCAUUGUGACGCAUUCCGAUGAGGAGGACGAGGAUGAGGAAGCCGGGGAGAAUGAUGGGGAAGGACCGGGUCGCGCGGCGGGAGACUUUUCAUUGCUGCCUGCCGAGAUGGAUCGGGAUAAACAGCGCAAGUUCUUGUUCCGAGAAGCUGUUCCUCCCGCACACCAGGCGCGAUAUGACAGUUUCAAUACGGUCAAGUUGAAGGCAGGAGAGGUGAGGAAGUUGGUCAACAGUACACUCAGUCAGAGUGUCCCGGCGAACGUGGUGACGGUGGUGGGCAGUUAUACCAAGAUGUUUGCGGGUAUGUUGAUUGAGGCUGCGAGGGAGGCGCAGGCAGAACGGUUGGCUGUGAUGGAGAAGAGGCCGGACGGGGAGCCUAAUCCAGCUUUUGUGAGGUUGAAGGCGAUGGAGGAGCCGCCCGAGGUGGAGUGGGAGACGGAGAGUGAGAGUGGGAGUGGGAGUGCAAGUGGGAGUGAAGGGGAGGAAGAAGGUGGUGACAAGGAAAAGACGCCUCAAGAUGGCCUUCCCGAUGGCGAUCCGGAUUCUGCAGAUGAGAAGGAGGCGGAGGAGACGACUGCUGUUGCUGCUCUACCCCACAACAACGACGACGGCGACGACGAAAACAACCACAACACCACCGCCACCGAGAAACCCGUCAAAUCGAAGAGAAAAAGACCCAAACUCUCCCACCCAGACCCCCUCAACACCGACCUCCCCGAACACGACUUUUCCACCGUGGAACCCGGCGCGUGGAACCUGGCCAAGUACAUUGAAGAUUCUGACCGCGGACCGCUCCAACCGGACGACCUCCGAGAAGCACUAAGAAGGUACAAGCGAAGUCGCGCGGGUGGUAGUGUGGGUUACACGGGAAUCAGUCUGGAGGGGAGGGAAAGCGUUGCUGCGAGGAUGGGCGGGAGGAGGUUGUUCAAAUGA